AGGAGAGCCAAAGACAGCCCCUUCUGAAUGAGAUGACCACUACCACCAGAGCAAUACUACGAACAACAACAACAACAACCAACAACCACCACCAACAACAACAACACUGGUUUCGCCAUCCAAUCCCACCCUACCACCACCUCACAAGCACAAAACAACCCAGAACAAACGACCCACUACUAUUCCCAACUCACCACCAACAACAACAACAACAACAACAACAGCAGCAGCAACAACCACAACAGCAGCAGCAUCCUCCUAUCCAAUACUCAGCUUAUCCUACUCCAAACCCAGAAGGACCACCUAAAAUCACUCGAGGAAUCGCAUCCUUCCACAAUGCAGCACUCGUUUACCUCCAUCGAGGACUCGCGAUCGACUCCAUCCAACACAACCCAGCCUCACAUCAUCCCAUCCGAUAUCCAACAACAUCCAGCACCCAUCAGCAUCCUCACCAAGACCCAGAGCCAUUCCUCUCGGCCGUCAUCAAGGGAUUCAAUCAGAUCCUUCUCCUCGAAACUGGACUCGAAUUCUCCCAGUCUCGAGAGGUCAUGGAAGCUCUGAUCAGGAUCGUCCGAAAGAAAUUGACUAUCGCUCAAGGAUUAAACGACCACCAACGAAACGAGAUCUGGCAGGCAUCAAAGCAAGUCAUCAUCCACUCGGCACUGAGACCGAGGAUGUCGAGUGUGGGCGAAUGGGCAUGGGAAGAGAUCGCCCGGGGGAACUACGAACGGCUGGCCGAGGUCUGGACUGGGAUCCUGGAGAUUGUCGAUCAGAGGCAUGGCCGGGCCGAUCCGGAUGGGCCGCCGACGACGAUCGGAUUGGACGAGGGCUUCUUUACAGCAUUGGUCGUGGUCUCCUCGACGCUCACCGAAGGGCCCGGCCUGGCUCGGCUGGUCCAGUCUCUGGUUGACCGGAUCUGGUCCCGCGUCCGGCCCGCCGAGCAACUCCAUCUCCUCCACCAUCUGCCCCAGCCCACCCGCGCCCGCUUCUUCCUCCGCGCCGUCGAGCUUGGCCUGCUCUGGCGUCGGCCCGUCGAGGAUGAGCUCGAUCACUCUACCUGGCUCGUCGAACAGGACGAACGGAUCGUCCAUCUCAUCCGCCGCAACUUCCUCGCACAACAACCUCAAUCGCUCCAGUACUGUCUCGAUCUCUCCGCACGAAUCCAGGAGGCUGUCGAUGGCACCAAGGGCGAGCCCGGCUGGCUAGCAGUCGACUGGACUCAGCCUAACACUGCCACACCACCCCCCGGAGAACCAAAGAAACCAACUUCAUCUCAACCUGUCAGAAGAGAGAUCAUCUUAACACAGAAAGUCAUCGGUACUCUAUUGAAUGGAUUCGCAGAGAAUGGGAUGAUCGAACAAGUUGAACAGCUGAUCAGUUUUUCCAGAAGGCUAGGAGGAAUGAACCGAUACCUAUGGUCGGCGAUCCUACGAGGAUUGUCGAAACAGAGUAAGAAUGGGGGUUUGGUGAAAGAGUUUGUGCGACGGAUGGAGGAGGAAGACGGGGUUGAGCUGGACUUCAACAUGAGAUGCAUCCAGAUCAGCGGGCUGAUUGGGAGCGACUUGGACGCCGGCUUGGAGGCGAUCGACCAGCUGUUACUCCAAUCUGCUGCUGGGAAGAGCGGGGAGAGUCGGAAGAAGAGCAAGCUGCCGAUCGACGCGAUUAACUCGAUCGUCUCGGCCCUGCUCCGACAUCGGAUGCUCGAACGGGCCGAGACCCUCCUCGCCACGCUCUCCGACCGUCUCGCACCAAACACGACCACCCUCAACCACUUCCUCAAUUACCACUCACGUCUCCAGCACCCCGUCCUCGACGAAGUCCUCGACCAUCUCAAACGCUUCGAGGCCCUCUCUGUCAAGCCCGACGUCGUCAGCUUCACCAUCCUCCUCAACAUCCUCAUGAAACUCGGCCUCGGUCAUGCCACAAUCGAGAAGCUUCUCCUCAUGAUGGACCAUGCCGGCGUCGAACCUAAUGCUAUCACGUACGGCUCGAUCAUCCAUCAUCUCUGUCGUAGUGGGAAGAUCGAGGACGUCGAAGUGGCUCACAAAUUGUUGGAAGAGAUCGAAGAAAGGGGGAUAGCCACGACAGAUAUCACUUAUACGGCCUUGAUCCAAGGAUUUCUCCGGGCACAUGUCCAAGAAUACGAAGCCCGAACGGAAGGCUUCCCGAUCGAGCCAGGACGGAGAUCAUCAGAAGGGGCGAAUGGGGCGGGGCGACGGACGAAGCUAUCGCGGGCGACGGAGCUGAUUGCGCGACUGAAGAGUCGAGGGAAGCUGAACCAAGUGAUCUACAAUGCAUUAUUGAAUGCACUCUUCUCGACCAGAGAGUUCGAGAGCGGCUUGGAAGUCUUCAAGCUGAUGAAGCUCGAAUUAGAUUCCUCCCAAAAUGCUCGCCCUGGGAUCGAACUCUAUGGAAACGGAUUGGUCGACUCGUAUGGGAUCAUCUUUAGGAGACUCAUCCAGUUCGGCCAACUCGAACUCUUUCAUACCGUCUAUACCCAGUUCUUUCGAAACGAAAACUUCGCCUUCGUCCCCCUUUGGAUCGAAAAAUUGAUCGAUCGCUUCGAGAACUCGAGCUCUUGACUCUUUUUUCUCCUCCCUUCUUCUUUUUUUUCAGCUUCAUUUUUUCAUUUUUUAUUAAUUAGUAUUGUUUUGAUACCGUAUUCCUUUUUUAUUCAAUAAACUCACUUUGUCCUCUUCUUCUUUUUUUGCGUUCAUUUAUACAUACAUACUUCCUAUCCAUAUCAACGUUGCCUUUUUUUCUUAUUCUGCGGAGUUAGUUGUAUCAGAUAAAACAAAACAAACACAUAAAUCGAUCCAAGUGAAAAGUAAAACAAUGCAGAUUGAUGAGAUGAAGU